AUGGAGCAGCAGCAGCAACAACAGCAACAACAGCCGCAGCAGCAGCAACAGUCGGCUCAGCAGCAGCCGACUGGUGGUGUCCCUGGUCCUGCUGGGAGAAGGCUGCACAUUGCUCAUCGGCGAAGCCCCUCGGAGCUGACCCCGUUGAUGAGUAUGUUUGCCAACCCUGGAAUGGAACAAUUGGCGAUUCAGCAGCAGAUUGAGUUGUUGCAGCAGCAGCAACAGCAGAUCCAGGCGACCCAUCAGCAAUACGUCAACAUGGGCAUGAUGCCUCCUGGCCAACCCCUCGGCCACAAUGGCGCAUUCAAUCCUUUGCAGCCCAUGGGCAACGCUUUUCAGUUCCCCAACCAGAUGGGACAACAGAACAUGGCUCCGCCGAGCCAACCUCACUCACAUCGCCGUAAUCAGUCGGCAAUGCCAAACAUGGGCAUGGGCCCUCCACCCGCGCCAUCUUCUGGUGCGUCCGGCUCCAACUUUGGCAACUUUGAGGCUCCCCCCGCGCACAACCGAGAGAACACCAGCGGCCGAGGCGGCCGAGGAGGCUCUGGCGGCGGCCACCAACGACGACACUCCCUUGCCCUCGCCGAUGCCAAGAAGGCUGCUGAGAUCGCUCAGCAGAAACGCACCACGAGUGGUUUCCAGUUCCCCGCCGCACCUGCGCCGGCAUCCGACAAGCCAGACGACGAGAACAAACCUGUUGCAUCGUCCAACCUGGACAUCUCUGUUGCCCAAGGCUCCAACAGAGGUCGUGGCGGCCAUGGCCGAAGCCAGAGCAUGGCUGUCAACGGACGUGGUGGUUCCGGACUUCGCAGCAGCGCAUUUAAUGUUGGGGGUGAUGGGGAAAUGCGACGUGGUGGUGGCCAUGCUCGGACUGGAUCCCGCAACUUUGAAGGGAACUGGCGCACUCAGGGACAGAAUCAGGACCAGUCUGGCAACGCUGGCCAAGGUUCGUCAUUCCAACCGGGCCACAGACCCCGCGGUUCCAUAAACCAGUCUGUAUCAUCGAUCGGAGCCUUCCAGUACAACCCUAACCAACCCCAGCUGAUGCAGCUACCGGGUCAAAUGAUGAUGCCGCAAAUGUAUGGCCAGCAGCUCAACCCAAUCCAGCUGAGCCAGCUACAGGCUCUCCAGGCUGCUCAAAUGAACGGUCAACAGUUUCAGGGCCUCCAGACCUCGCAGCAUGCCGGGCAACUUGGCGGACAGCAGCAACAGCAGCAGCAACGAAAGACCCUCUUCACCCCUUACCUCCCCCAGGCCUCUCUUCCGGCUCUCCUCGCCGAUGGACAACUUGUGGCUGGUAUUCUUCGGGUAAACAAGAAGAACCGUAGUGAUGCCUACGUGACUACGCAGGACGGCUUGCUGGAUGCCGACAUUUUUAUCUGUGGUAGCAAGGAUCGCAACCGUGCCUUGGAAGGAGAUUUGGUUGCCAUUGAGCUUUUGGAUGUUGAUGAAGUCUGGUCACAGAAGAGGGAGAAAGAGGAAAAGAAGAAGCGCAAGGAUAUCACGGACACUCGUUCUGGUUCCACUAACCAGGGUAGUCGGGAUUCCGGCAACAAUGAUGACAACAACGCUGCCGAGGGCGGCAUCCGACGACGUGGUAGUUUGCGACAGCGACCCACUCAGAAGAAGAACGACGAUGUGGAAGUCGAGGGACAGAGUCUGCUACUUGUUGAAGAGGAAGAGAUUAAUGACGAGCAGAAGCCGCUUUACGCUGGUCAUGUUGUGGCCGUGAUUGAGCGUGUUGCUGGGCAGAUGUUUUCCGGCACAUUGGGCCUGCUGCGUCCCAGCAGCCAGGCGACCAAGGAGAAGCAGGAGGCUGAACGUGCUGCAAGAGAUGGUGGUAACAGCCGCCACAAUGAUUCUCGGCAGCAAGAGAAGCCCAAGAUCGUUUGGUUCAAGCCUACGGAUAAGAGAGUCCCACUUAUUGCCAUUCCCACGGAACAGGCUCCCAGGGACUUCGUUGAGAAGCAUCAAGAUUAUGCCGAUCGUAUCUUCGUCGCUUGCAUCAAGCGUUGGCCCAUCACGUCUCUUCACCCAUUCGGUACCCUUGUUGAGCAACUUGGCCGCAUGGGUGACCUUAAGGUGGAAACAGAUGCCCUGCUUCGCGACAACAACUUUUCGUCUGACGAGUUCUCGGAUGCCGUCCUACGUAGCGUAGGUCUCCAAGAUUGGUCUGUGACCAAAGAGGAAGAAUCUGAAGUGUCGGCUCGUCGCGAUUACCGAAACGAAAAGACCUUUACUGUUGAUUUCAAUGGCAGUGCGGAGCUAGGAAAUGCCAUUCAUGUCAAGUCUCGUCCCGAUGGCAAGAUUGAAGUUGGUAUUCACGUACCCGAUGUCACUCACUUUGUCAAGCCCAACUCGCUGGUCGACCGUGAGGCUAAGAAGCGUGGAACGUCUGUCCAACUCAUCAACCGCUUCUGCGCUCUCCUUCCCCCGAAGCUAUCCAGCGAGAUCUGCUCUCUUGGACCAGACCAGGACCGCUUUACCGUCUCUGUUGUGUUCAACGUGAACCCCAACAAUGGAUCAGUUGCUGAAGGAGACAGUUGGGUUGGUAAGAGUAUCAUCAAAAGCUCUGGCAAGGUCACGCUAAAGGAUAUUGAUUCGGCACUGGAGAACGCUUCCGAGUUCAACAACGAUGCUGUUCCAGUCAAUACUAUUCAAAUUCUCCAGGCCGUUGCUCAAAAGUUUCGCGAGGCACGCCUCGGUGCUGGCGGUGAACCAAUUGCCCCAUUGCGAUUGUUCCAGCAGUUGGAUGACGAGAACAAUCCUGUUCAGGACAACAUUUUCGACUCCACGCAAGCUCUCGAGCUUGUUGAAGAGCUCAUGCACAAGGCCAACGGUUACGUUGCACAGCGUCUGGCGGAGGGCCUGCCCGAGAAGGCCUUACUUCGCCGGCAGGCCUCCCCCAACCCGCGUCGUUUGCAGACUUUUGUCGACCGCAUGAAUGCUUUGGGCUACGAUAUUGACGCCUCCGGAAGCGGUGCACUCCAGAACAGUCUGUUUAGGGUGGAAGAUACUGAUCUUCGCAAGGGCAUGGAGACGGUUGUUCUCAAAUCAAUGCAUCGUGCUAAAUACUUCAUUGCGAGCAAAACAGUUAAGCAGAUAUGGCCACACUACUCACUCAAUCUGCCGCUUUAUACACAUUUCACCAGCCCAACUCGCCGCUAUGCUGACAUCAUUGUUCAUCGUCAGCUGGAGGCUGUCUUGUCUGAGGGCAAGAUUGAGUUUACUGACGACGUGGAAAGUCUGGCCAAGACCAUUGAGUCAUGCAACACCAAGAAGGAGUCGGCACAGAACGCACAGGACCAGAGCAUCCACAUCGAGUCUUGCCGUACAAUGGACAAGAAGCGACAGGAGGCUAACGGUGACCUCAUCUCUGAGGGCAUUGUCCUUUGCGUAUAUGAGUCUGCCUUUGAUGUGCUCAUCCCCGAAUGGGGUUUUGAGAAACGCGUGCACUGUGACCAGCUGCCAUUGAAGAAGGCCGAGUUCAGAAAAGAGAAGCGAGUUUUGGAGCUGUACUGGGAGAAGGGCGUGCCGAGCUCUGCUUACGUUCCUGAGGAUGAACGGCCCAAGGCCGCCGCUUCUCAGCGAAUGACCAAUGCCAUGGCCGCUGCCCGCCAGGCUGAGGAGGCUGAGAGAGUGAAGAAGGAGCGUGAGGAAGCGACUCGCAAGCAGACAGUGACCGGUACCAUCUCUACUGAUGACGUGGAUGCCCUGUUUGACGAUGACGAUGAAGACAACACUUCUGAUAUUACAGAAGCCAUGGCUGGAGCAUCCCUUGCCGAGCGGCCAACACAGAGCGUGCCAGGAUCGCCUGCACGCUCGUCCUCGAACGCGGGUACCCUCCACCGAACACGUUCAGACUCCAAGGUCCCCGUCACGGAGGCUGUAGAGACUCGACUGACCAACAAGGAGAAGUACUUGAAGCUGUUCAAGCUGAGAGAGGAGGGUGGCGACUACAUUCAGGAUGUGACGGAAAUGACUCGGGUGCCCAUCAUUUUGAAGACGGACCUGAGCAAGAGCCCACCAUGCCUGACUAUUCGAUCAUUGAACCCAUAUGCCUUGUAA